AUGGAGGAAGCCACGCCAGAGCCGGUGCACGUGGACGUGGACAAGGGGCUGACCCUGGCCUGCCUGGCCUUCCUGUGCCUCUUCCUCGUGGCGAUGAUCAUCCGCUGCGCCAAGGUCAUCAUGGACCCCUACAGCGCCAUCCCCACCUCCACCUGGGAGGAGCAGCACCUGGACGACUACGCGGCGACCCUGGCCCCGGGGCCAGCAGGGUGCCCCGCCCCCAGCGUGCUGGUCUUGCAGGGCGACGAGCAGGCCAUGGUGGAGGCCGUGGCCCUGCACUGCCCCGUGAGCUUCGCCUUCGAGGUGACCGAGGACUUCAUGGCCUACAGGAAGGGCGUGUACUCCAGCACUUCCUGCCAUAAAACGCCAGACAAAGUCAACCAUGCAGUGCUGGCUGUGGGGUACGGAGAAGAAAAUGGGGUGCCCUACUGGAUCGUGAAAAACUCGUGGGGGCCCUACUGGGGAAUGAACGGGUAUUUCCUCAUCGAGCGGGGCAAGAACAUGUGUGGGCUGGCGGCCUGCGCCUCCUUCCCCAUCCCUGAGGUGUAGCCCAGGCCCCUGGGGGGCCCACACCCGGCCAGCUGGACCUGGGAACUGAGGACACUGCAAGGCGACGCCCCCCCACCGGCAGCAGCCUUCUCUGUCCCCCCAAUAAACCUGCGCUGUGCCGGCACCAAAUGUUUGGGGCGUCUCUAUGGGGCCCGCCUUGGCUGGAAACGGGGGGCGGGGGGGCCAACCGAACCCCCCCCACCGGCGGCAGCCUUUUCUGUCCCCCCAAUAAACCUGCGCUGU